CGUUAUAUAUAUGACCAAAUACUAGAAUCUUAUUGGUGAUUGCUUUUCCUCAGUUAUUGGAGAGAUCAUUGAUUGAUUAAGCUGAAGUGAGAAAAGUAGAGGUGCAAAAGAAGCAAGGAGGGAAAUCAAGAAAAUGGCCCUUUCCAUCAGUUGCUGCCUCAAUCUUCCUCCUCCACCAUCUUGUACUGCUACCUCUGAUCAACCUUUGGCUUCAAAAGCAUCCCAUUUGGCCUGGCCUAAGAAUCAGAAGGAAAGAUCAUGGAAGAGAAAGUGCUUGUUAGGGGUGGCAACCUUACUUGUAGGACUAGAGAUGAGCAAUUUAGUAGUAGGUGAACAAGAAAUGGCUCUUGCUUGGGAUCUACAGCAACAAGAAGAGAUGGCGUCAAAAUCAGUGAUCAAAGUUCAGAGAUGGAGUGACAGAAGAACAUGCCCUUCUUGGCAUGUGAACUCAUUGGAAACUAUUGUGCCUGAAAAUCUGCCAAGGCCUUCGUUUCGUCGGAGAUGGGAGAAUGCUGAUUUUCGAAGAACUGAAUCUUCUCGAGCUGCCCAAUUGGCAGCAAAAGUUGUAACUGGCCCCAGAAGUUGUUUCUCUUUAUGAACUUUCCUCAGUUAUUGAUACUAUACUCUCAAGUACAUAGAGCUACAUGCAUCUUGAAUAAGACAUCAAAUCAACUAAUUCAUCCUUGAUAC